CUCCGCAGCCUAGCGCUCAAAAAAUGCUGAAUCUGUGCUGGACACCAUCAACUGAUAUACGCUACUUCGUUUUUGAGUAGAACCAGCAAACAGGAUGAUGAAUCGCGUACUGUGCGGAAUGGCGCUUCCGAGAAAAAUCAAACCUUCAUACUAGGAGUCAUGGCUAGCUUUCUCAGAUGGCUGUGGAUUCACAGGAACUACUUUAUCAUCUUCCUCACCCCGCUGCUCUUCCUGGCUUUGCCUCUGGUCAUCAAGAGUCCGGAGGCAAACUGUGGCUUUGCCAUCAUCCUGAUGGCCCUGUACUGGUGCACAGAGUGCAUUCCCCUGGCCGUCACUGCUCUGCUGCCUGUCAUCCUCUUCCCCAUGAUGGGCAUCAUGGAGUCCACCAAGGUGUGUGAGCAGUACCUUAAGGACUCCAACAUGCUGUUCAUUGGUGGGCUGCUGGUGGCCAUAGCCGUGGAGAACUGCAACCUCCACAAACGCAUCGCCCUGCGAGUUCUGCUGGUGGUCGGAGUCCGGCCUGCCCUGCUGAUGAUGGGCUUCAUGGCUGUGACGGCGUUCCUCUCCAUGUGGAUCAGCAACACGGCCACCACCGCCAUGAUGCUGCCCAUCGCCCAGGCUGUGCUGCAGCAGCUCAGUGACACGGAGGCCGCGGCUGACAACCGCGAGCUGCAGGCUGGCUGUGACAACCACGCCUUCGAGAUGAGCGAGAUCAAGGACGUCAAGCUCAAGGAAGCGGAGUUCAGAAAGGAUGAGGUCAGCAGAGCAGAGGAGGCGAUGAACAUGGUCGAGCAGAGGAGGCUGGCGCGGGAGAAGAAGUAUCUGCUGUUAUCCAAGGGCAUGAGUCUCUGUGUGUGCUACUCUGCCAGCAUUGGGGGCACCGCCACCCUCACUGGGACCACCCCAAAUCUCAUCCUGAAGGGCCAAGUGGACGAGUUGUUUCCAGCUAACAAAGAUGUGAUCAACUUUGCCAGCUGGUUUGGGUUUGCCUUCCCCAACAUGCUGCUAAUGCUGGUCUUCUCCUGGUUGUGGCUGCAGUUCAUGUACCUGGGCUUCAAUCUGAAGAAGUCCUUUGGCUGCGGGAACAAUAACGAGGGUGAUAUGGAGGCUUACCAGGUGAUGAAGAAUGAGUACAAGGGGCUGGGCAAGAUGACCUUUGCGGAGGGUUCUGUCCUCACCAUCUUCAUCCUGCUGGUGGCGCUGUGGUUCACAAGGGAGCCUGGAUUCAUACCUGGCUGGGCGACGGUGCUUUUCAACCAGGACAAGCCGUAUGUCACUGACGGCACGGUUGCCAUCUUGAUGUCAACCCUCUUCUUCAUCAUCCCAUCCCAGAUGCCCCAGCUGCCGUUUCACAGCAACAGGCCAGAGGAGGGCAGUCUGAAGGCCCCGCCAACACUGCUGACCUGGCAGGUGGUCCAUGAGAGGAUGCCCUGGAACAUUAUCCUGCUGCUCGGGGGGGGCUUCGCCCUGGCGCGGGGCAGUGAGACAUCUGGUCUGUCUCAGUGGCUGGGGGACAGUCUGUCCCCCCUUCAGAACAUCCACCCGGCUGCCACGUCCCUGCUGCUCUCCCUGCUGGUGGGAACCUUCACCGAAUGCUCCAGCAACACUGCCACCACCACUCUCUUCCUGCCCAUCCUCGCCUCCAUGGCUGUUGCUAUUAAGCUCCACCCCCUUUACGUCAUGCUGCCCUGCACUAUCUGCGCCUCACUGGCCUUCAUGCUGCCGGUUGCCACCCCACCCAACGCCAUCGCCUUCUCCUAUGGGAACCUCAAAGUCAUCGACAUGGCAAAGGCGGGUUUCAUGCUCAACAUCAUUGGAGUCCUCUCCAUCAACUUGGCCAUCAACACCUGGGGAACAGCUAUGUUUCAUCUGGACAAGUUUCCCUCCUGGGCCAAUCAGACCAUGAGUGUACCCUGAAAAUGGUCAAGCCCUGAGACCAGCCCCGCCCCUAAGAGAGGCUCCACCCUUCCCCUAUAAACAUGGAGAACAGGAGGAGGGGGAAGAGGGGAGAGAGGUAGUGGAGAGAGGGAGGGACAGGGAUAGAAAAAGAAAUUAAGAGGGAAUGAGUGUCAGAAUCAGAGUGUGUGAUAGUGUAUGUAUAUGUGUGUAU